AUGAUAGUGACGAACAGCAGCAAUGCCAACGGAUGGGACUCGCCAGUGUUGUGCAUGUCCAAGCAGAUGGACAAGUUGAGCUGUCAGGAGAAGUCACAGCCAACGCUUCCCGAGACAAAUGCCGUGCUGCAGCAGAUGCAGCGCAAUUACGAAGAGCUGCAACAGCAGUUGCACGGCAGGGAUGUGGAAUGGACGCAGCGUCAGCAGGAGUUGGAGCAUCAUUUGCGUCACAAACAGGAUCAGCUGAAUGCCGCCGAGCAGCAAGUGCUGCAGCUGCAGACACGCAUUCGCGAUCAGGAAGCGCUGGAGCGGAUAAAGGAGCUAGGCAAGGAGCUGCGAUCGCUGCGCACCAGCACCGAGAUGAAGGAGCGUGAUCUGCGCGAUCGUCUGGCGUUGUUCCAGGAUGAGGUCAGCGCGUUGCGCACUUCGUCGCAGCGUUGCAGUCCCAGCAACCACGGCAAUAGCAAUGGCAACCACAGCAACAGUCUCAACGAUAGCAGCGGUGAGCUGUGCCGUCUGACCAACGAUAUGGAGAGUUUGCGCUGUGUGCUGGAUCUGAAACAGGCCGAUAUCCCGACGCUGUCCAAGCAGAACGCAGAGCUGCAGCUUUCAGAGAAUCCUGACGAUUUGGAUGCGCUGGCUCCCGCUCAUCUACUGUUUGGUGGUCCUCCAACCGUGAUUCUUGAGCCCGACCUAACUACGUUGGACUACAAUCGGCUGGAUGGUUGGCAGCGUGUCACUCAACUGCAGCAGGUCUUCUGGAAUAGAUGGCGGGAGGAGUAUGUGACUCUUCUCCAGCAAAGAUCAAAGUGA